AUGCAGAUGGCGCUGUCUACUGACGAGGCCACAUGGCCCUACGAGGUGGACGAUGGUGAUCACUUCGAAACUUCGGCAGAAGCAUACCACGACAUUCUACCGCUGCUUCGCUGUGCCGCAAGGCUCCGCGGCCUGUCCGCAGAGGAUUUGAAGAUCUACGACCCGUACUACUGCAGUGGCCGCGCAAAGCGAUUGCUGCAGGAACUGAUCAAGAAGGUGGGUUUGGCGCCGGCGUUCACAAGGAGCUUACAGAGCGUGGCUUUGUCACAGCAUCGGAGCUGUACUGGACGUGGCAGAGCAGCGCAGAGGAGUUGGGCUUCCAUCGCGUGGCGCAUCGGCGCCGGGAUUUCUACGCAGAUAUCGCUGCAGGCAAGAUUCCGUCUUUUCACGUUCUGGUGA